AUGAUGAUGGUCUGGUAUGGUACAAUUCGCUUAACUAAUACGCUAACGAUAUUGAUUAGUAUUUUUUCACGAAAUUUGAAUCGUACUGAUAGUAAUCCAUGUACGUUUGAAGUUCAAUUUAAGAAAGAUGGAAAAAUUGGAUUAUGGAACGCUACUCAAACUCGAGACAUAACUAAUUUGCAAGAUGUGUGUUCUAUUGAAGAUAUUUCUCCCAAGGAAGCCCCAUUGGAGGAUAGAAAAGACUUGGACUUACCUGGUACUUCUGAUAUUCCUUCGGAUAACACUUCAUCAGUACCAACUGAUUUGCUACCAGAGGUGACUUGCGAAAAUCAGAAUUCAGAAUCAUCCACUAGUUCGCAUCCUAUUUCUAACAAACCAUCAAAUAAAGAUUGUGUUAAAAUUGUUAAUGUGGAGGAAAGUCAUGCUGUUGAUCAAUCGCCUGCAAUCCAAUUAGCCUAUCCUAUAUCAAAAAAACAAAAUUUACCAAAAUUAACACUAUACGAGCUGAUCAUUGGACACAAUUACCCACAAGUUAAAUUUAAUUUUUGA